AUGUCCCUGAACCAACCAACGCCCCUCCUCCUAACAAAACGCCUAACCUCCUUCCUCGCCUCAAACCUAAACGCAAACCUCCACACGGCACUCCUCGCGACCCCCUCAGGCCGCCUCCUCGCCCACGCCUCCCCGCAGCCCGUCUCCCUCCUCCGCACCCAGUCCACCGUCGCAUCCUCCCUCUUCGCCCUCCACGCCUCCGCGACGCCCGACAUCCCCGACGCGCUCCCCUCCUCGUCUUCCACGCCGCCGUCGUCGUCCGGUGCUGCUGCAGCAAACACGGAAGAUGGAGGAUACCACGCGGGAGGAGCAGGAGGAAAACCCCUCACGAUAACAGUCCAACUCGCCGCCGGGGUCGUCGUCAUCCGGAGACUAAAGUGCGGGCUACUCUUCGUCUGCAUCGGUCCCCUCGCCGAGACCAUCGAAGCCCAGCAAGCUUCUUCCUCUACCGACCAACACUCUCACUCGCACCACUCUUCCCACGCGAACGCAGGCGCAAACGGCGGCGCGGGCACAGGCACGCCAUUCCAGAUCCCCGCGUCCCCCUCGGAAGCAGAUAGCAUCCUCAGCCUCGGCGCCCAGACGACCACCUCCCUCGCCAGCGUCGGGAGCGUGAACACCGCCGGCGUCGUGGUGUUGCGGCGGCAUGCCGAGGAGCUGGCGCGGUGGUUGGACGAUAAGCUUGGGAGUUUGCGGGUUCCCGAGGAGGGUGUGGGUGUGGAAUAA